GUGUCGUUGUUCUUGCCGUUGUGCUGCUGUAGGCUUUGUAGAGGUUGAACAGUCUAGCCUUGUUGUCAUUUCGGUGAAAGUGGAUGCCGGUUUCUUUCAGGAAACGUUGGAGUUGAAUGACUGUCUCUCCACCUCCUGAGUUCGGGCUCCGUCCGAGACGCAUGUCGAGUGCGCCGCUGCGAGUGGCCGGGGGCUGCUAAUGAGGCAGGCUGCCGUUGGUGGGGAGAUUGGAGCUGGCUGUGCCUGUUGUGGCCCCGGUUGUUUGCCCUCGCUGGCGGAGUAGACGAAGCCUGGGACCUGUCUGGAGUUGGAGGUGUCUCGUUGGGGGAGCUUGAGUGGGAGCGGUGGCGGCUGGUGUGUGAGACACUGAUUGCAGAGCGCACGCGGCUCCGUUCGGAUGCUUGGCUUAGAUCCAGCGAGUUGAUCAGCAGUUCGGGAUCCAUGCUUUACUCUCUCUCCUGCUGGUUAUGGCUUUUGAUUCAUCAAGAACUGUGGCAGCAAGCAGAAACCAGCAGUGUGGGGAUUCUGUGCAGAAGAGUUUGAAGCUGAGCAGACUCUUACAGAAGGAAUCUGUCGACCUAAUCAAAACAUAUAAAGCCUCUCAAGGAGAAAUGUCAGAGCUCUUCUGCAAGGUGUCUGUAAACAACGUCCCCGACCCCAACAUCUCCGGCCUGGAGCCCUCAGAGAAAAUAGCGAGCAUCUACACGCAUCUCCAAGAGUUCUUCCCACAUUUUGAAUGGGUGUACAAGCAGCAGACAGACUUACAGUUACCCACGAGCCCACUGCUGAGCGACCUGAGGCGGUUCACAGCUGGCAGCAGGAACCUGGCAUAUCUCAUAAAACCCUUCUAUCAGAGCCUCUUCCCAAACGUGCCUUUACCAGAGGGGGGGCCCACAACACUACCUCCACCUCAGAACGUCUUCCAGCAGAAGGUCUACGGCUGCGUGGUGCUGAAGACCUUCAAGGAGCUCCUGUCAAAUGUUUCCAGAGAACUGAGGAGUCUAAAAAGCCAAGUGUGCAGAAGGAGGACACACACCAACACACUCUUCUGAGGAUGGCCUAAGGCUGGCCUUAGACAGUCAGUUUAACAACACUGGGUUAAAAAAAAGACUUUAAAAGGGAGGAAGAAGGUGGCUGCAUCAAUGUAAUGAAGCCUAUUUAUGGUAUUUAUUAUUUAUUUUUUUGUUUCUGAUGAGAUACAUGCUGUUAAAAGAGAGUAAAGUUAUGUCUCUGUAAUAUAUGUAUAUUUAAGUUGUCUAAUAUGUUAUGUUAGGUUAGGUUCUACUUUGCUGUUUUGCUGUAUACAGAAUUAUUAAAUGAUGCUUUGCUGCUGAACUUU